UGAAGCAUCGCUGUUAUGGACAGCUAAUUACAAAUGGUUCAAAGAAAUCCACGUUAGAGCAUUUGCAGCAUAUAGCGUACCCUUAGAAACUUUCAAGUGUCAAACCAAGUAUCCAAUCCAAACUAGUCAGCUAGGUUGGUUAGUUUCCAACGAUGUUUUCUGCAUUUUUCAUACGGCUACUUCGUAUCUCUUUGAGAGAGAGCAUUGACUAAUGCCACUGGAAUUUUGCUGGUUAACACUUGAGAGGUACCCAAUCCAAUACCCAUUUAAGCUCUAAAAAAAGGUACAUGAAGUAUAAAGCCAGCAACACUAAUAAGUAAAAGGUCAGUGUUUGUUAGAUUAUUUGCGUAGUACUGUUUGUUAGUUUGUAUUAUUUUCUAACAACAUUCGUUCUGAUCUGCUUUGUUAUCAUACUUAACUUUUUAACUUCGAUACAAAAUCAGUCCGUCACUUCUUCUUCUUCUUCAAUUGAGAGAUCUUCUUCCUCAUCUCUCUCUCUCAAUGAAGAAGAAAAAACCGCAACUGUCAUAAUCUUUCAAAUGACAAUUCGACCCGCCUUCCUCGCCAUCAGCAUCACUCUCAUCCACGUAUCUCUUUUGCCUCCAACUGUCGUUUACGGCCUUGGCACGGCGUCCACCACCGCAGUCGCCUACGGCACUACAACAGUCUGUGGCAUCGUGGCCGCUGAGCCCACCCAGAGAAUCCAAUGCUACCAAAAUGGCCAAAUCAUUUCAGUCCAACCCAGUAUCUCCUUUGAAACCAUCUCAGGUGGCGGCAGCUUCUUCUGCGGCCUCAGGUCCGGCGGCCUCAGCCUCCUCUGUUGGGACACUAGCUCAUCCAACUACAGCUUUAAACCAAAACGUAUAUAUAACAGUGAUAAGGUCGAACUCACGGACCUAACGGUGGGUGAUGCUCAAGUUUGUGCCCGAGAGGUCAACUCUGGAAUGGUCAAGUGCUGGAGAGGAAGUAAUGAUGGUAGUUCCAAAUUCCCACCACACGGGGAAGCAUUGAGGUUUCGUGCAAUCACAUCUGGGAGUGGGUUUUCAUGUGGGAUUUUGAAGAACAACAGCAGAGUUCUAUGUUGGGGAAAUGGUUAUCUCGGAUACGAGAUUCAGGUACAGUUUGCCAAUUUGUCGAUGUCGAGUUUAGUUGCUGGAGAGUCUCAUGCCUGUGGUUUGACAACGACUGGGAGGUUGGUUUGUAAAGGGCACAAUGAUUCGAAUCAACUGAAUGUUCCUUUUAGCUCUGCUUAUCAGUUUUCUAUUCUGGCGUUGGGAGCAGACUUCACAUGCGCUAUUAGGGUAAGAAAUGGAAUGGUGGUAUGCUGGGGAGGAAAAAAUGGAAACGAAUUUGAGAGCAAUGCGAUUGAAAAUAUUUCAUUUGAAACUAUCGUUGCAGGUUUAGAUUUUGUAUGCGGGUUGACAACGAGUAAUCUGUCGAUUAUUUGUUGGGGACCAGGGUGGUCUAAUCUCCCAAGUGAGAUUCCACUGGGAAGGAUGAUUCCGGGUCCAUGUGUUCAGGCUUCUUGUAGCACAUGUGGUACGUAUCCAGAUUCUGAAGCUCUGUGUAAUGGGUCUGGGAAUAUAUGCAAGUCUUGCGAGAUUGAACUCCCAGUUGCAGUGCCAGUGCAGCCGGUAGCAUCAGCUUCUCCACCAAUCAAAGCCAGGAACAAGGUUUCAUUGGCGUUUGUGGUUGUUGGAUCAGUUGGCGUUUUUGCGGGCAUUUGCACAAUUAUCUUUUGUUUAUGGGCUGCCCUAUGCGGUUUCUUGCGCAUGAAUGUGCGUAAUUCUGUGCAACCCACGAGUGCUGAGGCCAAUGCGGAUAAUGCUGCUACUAUGCCUCACUUUGGUUCUAGUGUCCCAACUUCAAGAUCAUAUUCCAUCAAUCGCCAAGCCUCCGUCACUUUGAGGAGGCAGAGAAGUGGGUCAUCUAUAUCAUCCAAAAAUGCGGACAGGACCCAGACAUUCACUUUCUCAGAGCUUUCCACAGCCACCACCAACUUCUCAUUGGAGAACAAAAUUGGUGCUGGGAGCUUUGGCAGUGUUUACAAAGGUAAGCUCGCGGAUGGUCGCGAAGUGGCCAUCAAAAGGGCAGAAACUUCUGUCAAAACCAAGAAAUUUCAGGAAAAAGAAAUCGCAUUCGACUCUGAAUUGGCAUUGUUGUCUCGGCUCCACCACAAACAUUUAGUGGGGUUAGUCGGAUUCUGUGAGGAAAAGAACGAGAGGCUUUUGGUUUACGAGCACAUGAGCAAUGGUUCACUGCGUGACCAUUUGCACGACGAGAAAAAUGUUGAAAAUACUAGCAGCAUUUUGAAUUCUUGGAAAAUGAGGAUCAAAAUUGCCUUAGAUGCUGCUAGGGGAAUUGAUUAUCUACACAAUUACGCAGUUCCACCCAUAAUUCAUAGAGACAUCAAGUCUUCAAAUAUACUUUUAGAUGCGAAUUGGACUGCGAGAGUAUCCGAUUUUGGAUUGUCAUUAAUAUUGGAGCCAGAAUCUGAACAUGAACCCACGUCAAUCAAGGCUGUUGGAACAGUUGGCUACAUAGAUCCUGAGUACUAUGUCUUAAACGUUUUGACAACAAAGAGUGAUGUCUAUGGUUUUGGGGUGGUCUUGUUUGAGCUUCUGACAGGGAAGAAAGCUGUGUUCAGGAAUAAUCAAGACAAUGGGGCGAGUCCCAUGAGCGUGGUGGAGCAUGCUGGGCCACUUAUAUUGGAGGGAGAGCUGCAAAAGGUGUUGGACAGAAGGGUUGGGCCGCCGGAAAUGAAUGAGUCCGAGGCAGUUCAGCUGGUGGCUUACAUUGCUACUUCUUGUGUGAACUUGGAGGGAAAGGAAAGACCUAGCAUGAGUGACAUUGUUGCCAAUUUGGAGAGGGCACUGGCACUUUGUGAGGACCAUGACUGUAACCUCUCUCCUACUACAUGGUCCAUUCAUUCAGACUGAAAUUUCUAACCCAAAAAAGAACUCCAUGUCAGUCAUGACUAACAUACUCAUUGUCCUCGUUGUCUUGUUUUGGCGUUAAAAGGCGUUCGUCUUUUGCACCUAAAAGGUAAUGCAAUAUCUUGUUUGUUGGCGUGGGAGACCCGGGCGCCAUGAAGAUUCCAAGCAUUAAUGGUACUCAAUUAAACUGGAUCAAAGAUCGAUCUGACCUAGGUUUCCGUACAUUCAUACGUGGAGGAUCAUGAUUUUGAAAAUGGGCUUGCGAAGAGUUUGAAAUUAGUGGGUCCAUGCAUGGGGGCCGGGAUUGAUCAAUUACAGGCUGUGAAUCAGCUGUGGGUAUAAUUACUCAACUCUGUUGUG